AUCCACUUCACAGCAAUUAGCUAUAAAAGAGUGCUCCCAUCGGGAUGGUUCUCGCAUAGUUCGGAUCGGUGUGAUAACAAACGGUGUACACGUGGGUAGUUGCGCGCACUCGGUUGUUUAAUAAUUUGGUGUGUUUGUGGUGAAUCGACACAAAGCGUUAUUGCGCUGCUAUAAACUGGACAACAUGGUCAAUCGGAAUUGUUUGCUGGUGGCGCUGCUGGGGAUGGUCCUGAUUUACGAAUCUGCGGCUCUCACAUGCCUAACGUGCAAGGACACCGAAUCGGAUGAAAGCUGCUCGCAAGGAUCUGGUCAGUUUGAUGUCUGUGGCGUGGAAGCAACAUUCUGUUAUCAACGCAACCACGGAGGGAAAAUCGAGCGUGGCUGUUCAACGGAACUCACACCUGUGGAAGAAGUGAACAAUUGUCAGUCUACUGAAAGCAACAGCUGCUUUUCCUGCACCAGCGACAAUUGCAACAACGCCCCGUGGCUCAAAUGUCACGUCUGUGACAGUGAUGCAGCUGAGUGUGUCGGUAAACAGGACACCACCAAGGCCAGUUUGUGUAGUAACUUCCUUUCGACGGAUCAGUGCUAUGCCAAAGUAGUGGACAAUAAAGUAACACGCGGAUGUGUAUCGAGUCUGGCUGCCGGUGAACAGGCCUGCGCAAAUAACAAAUACUGCGAUGCUUGCACUGGUCAUGGUUGCAACGGACUGUCGAGUGAUGACCUGAAAGCCUAUCCCAAGUGCCUCGUUUGCACGUCCCUGGAUCCUAAUUGCUCGGAAGGGACUGCAGCAACUACUGAGUGUCCCAAUCGAGACGACAUUUGCUACACAUUAGUGAAAGAAAAAGUUUUGUAUCGAGGAUGUCUGUCCGAGUCGACCCAGGAAGACCAGAAUAAAUGCAAAAGCGAUACCGAUGAAACAUGCUUCACUUGUGAUAAUGAGGAUGGAUGUAACGCACUUAGUUGGCUCAAGUGUCAUCAAUGCAAAGAGACGGAAACAACGACCUGCGCUGAAGUACAGGCCGACAGCAAUGCCGGAUUUUGUAGUGCCUAUAGGGACCUUAAUCGGUGCUUUGAACGCUUGGAAAGUGGUAAGAUGGUUCGUGGAUGCGAAACCGAUCUUACGACGCCCGGAAAUCCCUGCACGGAUAAUGCCCAAUGUCGAGUCUGCACAUCCAAUGGCUGCAACAAGGAAGCAUCCGCUACUCUCUUAAAUGCGGAGCGAUGCCUUCAGUGUAUCACCAGUGAGGAUACUGAUAGUAGCUGUCUUCUGGGAACGGCGACCAGCCAACCUUGUGCCAAGGAUUCGCAAAACAAGUGCUUCUCGAAAACAAACAGCGAUGGAGUCCUGACGCGAGGCUGCCAUGGAGACUUAACGGCAAAUGAUAUCAGUGAUUGCACCGGAAAGACAUGCUCAAUAUGCGAAAAUGAAGGAUGCAACAAAAAUGUCUUCCCAACGGAUCGUCUCCGCUGCUACCAGUGUACGACGACUGAGACCGAAAAGUCCUGCUCCAAUGCGCUGACCGGGGAUCCUAAGUCCAGCCUCUGCGCAAUCUACAAAGACGGUGACCAGUGUUAUUCCCGCAUUACCAACGGGACUUUUGAGCGUGGAUGUCAGUCCAGCUUGAAGGCAGCCGCGUGUGAAGGCCUGACAGCGAAGCAGUGCCAACUUUGUGCCACUGAGAACUGCAACGCCAUUUCCGAAGAUAAGUUGAAAGGAUCAGCUGGACGAAAUGCCAUCAGUUCGAUUUUGAUGGCAGCAGUCAUGGCCUUUGUAGUUUUUAACGCAGGAUGGACGGAAGAACCAGGAUGGAUGGUCCACGAGGGUCAUACUUCUAUCGACCAUCAGGAGGUACGUUUAAUGGUCGAGUAUACCCGGAAAAGUACGACAAGACGAGGCGGUGCAACUGAUCCCGGAUGGCGCACUUCACAGUUCAAUCAGAAGCUGUUGGAGGAAGCGUUGCGCUGGGAAAGUCGUACUACAGGACUGAGCGGUAACGAAUUGACAGAGUUACUAACACGUUCCUGCGAUAUAGCGAUGCCGAGGAAGACCCAGCCCCCAGGAAAUCGACAACCAGUGUCGAUCGCACCACGAUCGCAGAUCUUCGUAAAACCUGUCUUAGAGCUAAAAGAAGGUUGCGGCGUGCUAGAACAGAUGCUGAGCGAGUCGAUAGACGAGGGGACAAUUACAUCGCAGCGCCGACCAGAAAUCACCGACGGUGAAAAGGCUGAGAAGAAGGGCGUCUCAUCGAAGGCGUCGAGUAUCUUCGUGCGUGUCGAGCUGGCCAAGCCCGCCGUUUCGGAGGGUUCCAAAGUCGUCACCAAUGCGGAUACAGCAUUCUGCUACCAACGCAACAACGGAGGUAAAAUUGAGCGUGGCUGUGCAACGGAGCUCACAACUGAGGAACAGAGUAAUUGUGAUUCUACUGAAGGCAACAGUUGCAUUGGCUGUUCUAGCGACAACUGCAAUGACGCCUCGUGGCUAAAAUGUCACGUUUGUGACAGUGAAACAGAUGAGUGUGUCAACGAACAGGACACCACCGGAGCCAGUUUAUGUAGUAACUUCCUGUCGACGGAUCAAUGUUAUGCCAAAGUGGUGGACGAUAAAGUGACACGCGGAUGUGUAUCAAGCCUGCCAGACAGCGAGGAUCCCUGCGCCGAUAGUGAAUAUUGCAAGGUCUGCUCUGGUGAUGGUUGCAACGACCAGAAAAUCUCUCCAUCAGCACUUGUGUGCAUAACGUGCAAAGACAGCGACACGGAUGAUAGUUGCUGGCAAGAAAAUACUACGUCUGAAACCUGUAAUGAGGAUACAAAAUUGUGCUACCAACGCAACAACGGAGGUAAAAUUGAGCGCGGCUGUGUAACGGAGCUCACAACUGAGGAACGGAGUAAUUGUGAGUCUACUGGAGACAACAGUUGCAUCGUCUGUUCCAGCGACAACUGCAAUGACGCCUCGUGGCUAAAAUGCCACGUUUGUGACAGUGAAACAGAUGAGUGUGUCAACGAACAGGACACCACCGGAGCCAGUUUAUGUAGUAACUUCCUGUCGACGGAUCAAUGUUAUGCCAAAGUGGUGGACGAUAAAGUGACACGCGGAUGUGUAUCAAGCCUGCCAGACAGCGAGGAUCCCUGCGCCGAUAGUGAAUAUUGCAAGGUCUGCUCUGGUGAUGGUUGCAACGACCAGAAAAUCUCUCCAUCAGCACUUGUGUGCAUAACGUGCAAAGACAGCGACACGGAUGAUAGUUGCUGGCAAGAAAAUACUACGUCUGAAACCUGUAGUGCGGAUACAGCAUUCUGCUACCAACGCAACAACGGAGGUAAAAUUGAGCGUGGCUGUGCAACGGAGCUCACAACUGAGGAACAGAGUAAUUGUGAGUCUACUGGAGACAACAGUUGCAUCGUCUGUUCCAACCACAACUGCAACAACGCCCCGUGGCUAAAAUGUCACGUUUGUGACAGUGAAACAGAUGAGUGUGUCAACGAACAGGACACCACUGGAGCCAGUUUAUGUAGUAACUUCCUGUCGACGGAUCAAUGUUAUGCCAAAGUGGUGGACGAUAAAGUGACACGCGGAUGUGUAUCAAGCCUGCCAGACAGCGAGGAUCCCUGCGCCGAUAGUGAAUAUUGCAAGGUCUGCUCUGGUGAUGGUUGCAACGACCAGAAAAUCUCACCAUCAGCACUUGUGUGCAUAACGUGCAAAGACAGCGACACGGAUGAUAGUUGCUGGCAAGAAAAUACUACGUCUGAAACCUGUAAUGAGGAUACAAAAUUGUGCUACCAACGCAACAACGGAGGUAAAAUUGAGCGCGGCUGUGUAACGGAGCUCACAACUGAGGAACGGAGUAAUUGUGAGUCUACUGGAGACAACAGUUGCAUCGUCUGUUCCAGCGACAACUGCAAUGACGCCUCGUGGCUAAAAUGCCACGUUUGUGACAGUGAAACAGAUGAGUGUGUCAACGAACAGGACACCACCGGAGCCAGUUUAUGUAGUAACUUCCUGCCGACGGAUCAAUGUUAUGCCAAAGUGGUGGACGAUAAAGUGACACGCGGAUGUGUAUCAAGCCUGCCAGACAGCGAGGAUCCCUGCGCCGAUAGUGAAUAUUGCAAGGUCUGCUCUGGUGAUGGUUGCAACGACCAGAAAAUCUCUCCAUCAGCACUUGUGUGCAUAACGUGCAAAGACAGCGACACGGAUGAUAGUUGCUGGCAAGAAAAUACUACGUCUGAAACCUGUAAUGAGGAUACAAAAUUGUGCUACCAACGCAACAACGGAGGUAAAAUUGAGCGCGGCUGUGUAACGGAGCUCACUACUGAGGAACGGAGUAAUUGUGAGUCUACUGGAGUCAACAGUUGCAUCGUCUGUUCCGGCGACAACUGCAACGACGCCCCGUGGCUAAAAUGUCACGUUUGUGACAGUGAAACAGAUGAGUGUGUCAACGAACAGGACACCACCGGAGCCAGUUUAUGUAGUAACUUCCUGUCGACGGAUCAAUGUUAUGCCAAAGUGGUGGACGAUAAAGUGACACGCGGAUGUGUAUCAAGCCUGCCAGACAGCGAGGAUCCCUGCGCCGAUAGUGAAUAUUGCAAGGUCUGCUCUGGUGAUGGUUGCAACGACCAGAAAAUCUCUCCAUCAGCACUUGUGUGCAUAACGUGCAAAGACAGCGACACGGAUGAUAGUUGCUGGCAAGAAAAUACUACGUCUGAAACCUGUAAUGAGGAUACAAAAUUGUGCUACCAACGCAACAACGGAGGUAAAAUUGAGCGCGGCUGUGUAACGGAGCUCACAACUGAGGAACAGAGUAAUUGUGAGUCUACUGGAGACAACAGUUGCAUCGUCUGUUCCAGCGACAACUGCAAUGACGCCUCGUGGCUAAAAUGCCACGUUUGUGACAGUGAAACAGAUGAGUGUGUCAACGAACAGGACACCACCGGAGCCAGUUUAUGUAGUAACUUCCUGUCGACGGAUCAAUGUUAUGCCAAAGUGGUGGACGAUAAAGUGACACGCGGAUGUGUAUCAAGCCUGCCAGACAGCGAGGAUCCCUGCGCCGAUAGUGAAUAUUGCAAGGUCUGCUCUGGUGAUGGUUGCAACGACCAGAAAAUCUCACCAUCAGCACUUGUGUGCAUAACGUGCAAAGACAGCGACACGGAUGAUAGUUGCUGGCAAGAAAAUACUACGUCUGAAACCUGUAAUGAGGAUACAAAAUUGUGCUACCAACGCAACAACGGAGGUAAAAUUGAGCGCGGCUGUGUAACGGAGCUCACAACUGAGGAACGGAGUAAUUGUGAGUCUACUGGAGACAACAGUUGCAUCGUCUGUUCCAGCGACAACUGCAAUGACGCCUCGUGGCUAAAAUGCCACGUUUGUGACAGUGAAACAGAUGAGUGUGUCAACGAACAGGACACCACCGGAGCCAGUUUAUGUAGUAACUUCCUGUCGACGGAUCAAUGUUAUGCCAAAGUGGUGGACGAUAAAGUGACACGCGGAUGUGUAUCAAGCCUGCCAGACAGCGAGGAUCCCUGCGCCGAUAGUGAAUAUUGCAAGGUCUGCUCUGGUGAUGGUUGCAACGACCAGAAAAUCUCUCCAUCAGCACUUGUGUGCAUAACGUGCAAAGACAGCGACACGGAUGAUAGUUGCUGGCAAGAAAAUACUACGUCUGAAACCUGUAAUGAGGAUACAAAAUUGUGCUACCAACGCAACAACGGAGGUAAAAUUGAGCGCGGCUGUGUAACGGAGCUCACAACUGAGGAACAGAGUAAUUGUGAGUCUACUGGAGACAACAGUUGCAUCGUCUGUUCCAGCGACAACUGCAACGACGCCUCGUGGCUAAAAUGUCACGUUUGUGACAGUGAAACAGAUGAGUGUGUCAACGAACAGGACACCACCGGAGCCAGUUUAUGUAGUAACUUCCUGUCGACGGAUCAAUGUUAUGCCAAAGUGGUGGACGAUAAAGUGACACGCGGAUGUGUAUCAAGCCUGCCAGACAGCGAGGAUCCCUGCGCCGAUAGUGAAUAUUGCAAGGUCUGCUCUGGUGAUGGUUGCAACGACCAGAAAAUCUCUCCAUCAGCACUUGUGUGCAUAACGUGCAAAGACAGCGACACGGAUGAUAGUUGCUGGCAAGAAAAUACUACGUCUGAAACCUGUAAUGAGGAUACAAAAUUGUGCUACCAACGCAACAACGGAGGUAAAAUUGAGCGCGGCUGUGUAACGGAGCUCACAACUGAGGAACGGAGUAAUUGUGAGUCUACUGGAGACAACAGUUGCAUCGUCUGUUCCAGCGACAACUGCAAUGACGCCUCGUGGCUAAAAUGCCACGUUUGUGACAGUGAAACAGAUGAGUGUGUCAACGAACAGGACACCACCGGAGCCAGUUUAUGUAGUAACUUCCUGUCGACGGAUCAAUGUUAUGCCAAAGUGGUGGACGAUAAAGUGACACGCGGAUGUGUAUCAAGCCUGCCAGACAGCGAGGAUCCCUGCGCCGAUAGUGAAUAUUGCAAGGUCUGCUCUGGUGAUGGUUGCAACGACCAGAAAAUCUCUCCAUCAGCACUUGUGUGCAUAACGUGCAAAGACAGCGACACGGAUGAUAGUUGCUGGCAAGAAAAUACUACGUCUGAAACCUGUAAUGAGGAUACAAAAUUGUGCUACCAACGCAACAACGGAGGUAAAAUUGAGCGCGGCUGUGUAACGGAGCUCACAACUGAGGAACGGAGUAAUUGUGAGUCUACUGGAGACAACAGUUGCAUCGUCUGUUCCAGCGACAACUGCAAUGACGCCUCGUGGCUAAAAUGCCACGUUUGUGACAGUGAAACAGAUGAGUGUGUCAACGAACAGGACACCACCGGAGCCAGUUUAUGUAGUAACUUCCUGCCGACGGAUCAAUGUUAUGCCAAAGUGGUGGACGAUAAAGACAGCGAGGAUCCCUGCGCCGAUAGUGAAUAUUGCAAGGUCUGCUCUGGUGAUGGUUGCAACGACCAGAAAAUCUCUCCAUCAGCACUUGUGUGCAUAACGUGCAAAGACAGCGACACGGAUGAUAGUUGCUGGCAAGAAAAUACUACGUCUGAAACCUGUAAUGAGGAUACAAAAUUGUGCUACCAACGCAACAACGGAGGUAAAAUUGAGCGCGGCUGUGUAACGGAGCUCACUACUGAGGAACGGAGUAAUUGUGAGUCUACUGGAGUCAACAGUUGCAUCGUCUGUUCCGGCGACAACUGCAACGACGCCCCGUGGCUAAAAUGUCACGUUUGUGACAGUGAAACAGAUGAGUGUGUCAACGAACAGGACACCACCGGAGCCAGUUUAUGUAGUAACUUCCUGUCGACGGAUCAAUGUUAUGCCAAAGUGGUGGACGAUAAAGUGACACGUGGAUGUGUAUCAAGCCUGCCAGACAGCGAGGAUCCCUGCGCCGAUAGUGAACAUUGCGAUGUCUGCUCUGGUGGUGGUUGCAACGACCAUUCGCGGGAUGUCCUGAAAAAACUUCCAUCAGCACUUGUGUGCAUAACGUGCAAAGACAGCGACACGGAUGAUAGUUGCUCGCAAGAAACUAGUGUGUCUGAAACCUGUAGUGCGGAUACAGCAUUCUGCUACCAUCGCAACAACGGAGGUAAAAUUGAGCGUGGCUGUGCAACGGAGCUCACAACUGAGGAACAGAGUAAUUGUGAUUCUACUGAAGGCAACAGUUGCAUUGGCUGUUCUAGCGACAACUGCAAUAACAGCCCGUGGCUAAAAUGUCACGUUUGUGACAGUGAAACAGAUGAGUGUGUCAACGAACAGGACACCACCGGAGCCAGUUUAUGUAGUAACUUCCUGUCGACGGAUCAAUGUUAUGCCAAAGUGGUGGACGAUAAAGUGACACGUGGAUGUGUAUCAAGCCUGCCAGACAGCGAGGAUCCCUGCGCCGAUAGUGAACAUUGCGAUGUCUGCUCUGGUGGUGGUUGCAACGACCAUUCGCGGGAUGUCCUGAAAAAACUUCCAUCAGCACUUGUGUGCAUAACGUGCAAAGACAGCGACACGGAUGAUAGUUGCUCGCAAGAAACUAGUGUGUCUGAAACCUGUAGUGCGGAUACAGCAUUCUGCUACCAUCGCAACAACGGAGGUAAAAUUGAGCGUGGCUGUGCAACGGAGCUCACAACUGAGGAACAGAGUAAUUGUGAUUCUACUGAAGGCAACAGUUGCAUUGGCUGUUCUAGCGACAACUGCAAUAACAGCCCGUGGCUAAAAUGUCACGUUUGUGACAGUGAAACAGAUGAGUGUGUCAACGAACAGGACACCACCGGAGCCAGUUUAUGUAGUAACUUCCUGUCGACGGAUCAAUGUUAUGCCAAAGUGGUGGACGAUAAAGUGACACGUGGAUGUGUAUCAAGCCUGCCAGACAGCGAGGAUCCCUGCGCCGAUAGUGAACAUUGCGAUGUCUGCUCUGGUGAUGGUUGCAACGACCACUCGCUGAAAGAUUACCCCAAGUGUCUCGAUUGCACGUCUUUGGAUCCGAAUUGCGCGGAAGGAACUGCCGCAGCUACUGAGUGCCCCAACCGAGAUGACAUUUGCUACACAUCAGUAAAAGAAAAUGUUUUGCAUCGGGGAUGUCUGUCCACGUUGACCGAGGCGGACCAGAACAAAUGCAAAAGCGAUACCGAUGAAACAUGCUUCACCUGCGAGAAUGGGGAUGGGUGUAACGCACUCAACUGGCUCAAGUGUCAUCAAUGCAAAGAGACGGAAACAACGACCUGCGCCGAGGUGCAGGAUGACAACAAUGCUGGAUUUUGCAGCGCCUACAGAGAUUCUAAUCAGUGCUUCGAACGCUUGGAAAGUGGCAACAUGGUUCGUGGAUGCGUGAGUGAUCUAACAACGCCCGGCAAUCCCUGCACGGAUAAUUCCCAUUGUCGAUUCUGCACAUCCGAUGGCUGCAAUAAGGAUGCUUCCGCUACUCUACUAAUUGAGGAACGAUGUCUUCAGUGUAUCACCAGUGAUGAUACUGAUGGUAGCUGUCUAUUGGGAACGGCGACCAGCCAACUGUGUGCCAAAGACUCACAAAACAAAUGCUUCUCAAAGACUGAUAAAGAGGGCGUUCUGACUCGUGGCUGCUAUGGAGACUUAACGGCAGAUGAAAUCAGUGAUUGCACCGGAAAGACAUGCUCAAUAUGUGUAGAAGAUAGCUGCAACCAAAAUAUCUUCCCAACGGAUCGGCUCCGGUGCUAUCAAUGCAAAACGACUGAGAACGAAAAGUCCUGCUCUGAAACACUGGCCGGGGAUUCUUUGUCCAGCCUAUGUGCAAUCUACAAAGACGGUGACCAGUGUUAUUCUCGAAUAACUGAUGAAACUUUCGAGCGAGGAUGUCAGUCCAGCCUGACGGCAGCCGCAUGCGAAGACCUGACAGCGAACCAAUGCCAGCUUUGUGCCAGCACGAACUGCAACAUCAUUUCCGAAGAUGAUUUGAAGGGAUCUGCAGGGCAUAAAGCCAUCAGUUCGAUAUUGAUGGCAGCAGCAGUGGUGACUUUUGCCGUGUUUAAAUAAAUUAAGUCAAAUACCUAUGUGAUAUAAAAGCUAGACCUGUGCGCCGCCGCCGUCGACAUUAAUUGACGUACGCCGACGCCGGUCAAGGUGUCGGCGGCGCGCCAUACGCCGGUUGGCUCCACGCCGCCGAAUUUCGUAUUUCACGCCGAUGUUUGGCCAACACAAAAAUCACAUAGUGCGUUCACAUCUGCCGAACUAAGGCAACCUAUCAAACAUUAAUUAAAAAGCUA